AUGGACCAGUACCUCAGAGCAGAGGAUCCCGAGACGACAUACCUCCUGUUCGUACAAAAUGUCUCGUCUGUAUGGGCGUCUCGCAUGAGCAUUGGGACGCUGCUCUAUUUUAUCGUCCGAUACUCCCCAUUCAUUGAUGUCCCUAUUUUCAACUUUGUCAAUUUUAAGAAACCCUCCGAUUUCUCUACAUGCCAGCCCCUUCUGGCUACAGGAAAUAUAUCCAUGGUGGUUGGCAUUUCCGCGUCUGAAGGAAUCAUAACAAUGGCCCUCUACGCGCUACUGGGACGAAAGAAGAAACAUCUAAUUCUCCUCUCUAUUGCAUUCUUUGCAUGCACCGUGACGGUAGUCGUUCUUCUCGCAUUGUUCCUGCGUGCUUCUUAUGGUGCAUUCUCAUCUUUAUUGCAUUUCAAGACCAACAACGAAGGGAUAUUCAUAGCCAUCGGGUAUUUCAUCUUGCUCGGGGGAGAGAUAAUAAUAGCAGCCAUGUCGAUUUGGUUUUCUAUCAAAAGGCGAAAUGAGGAGAGAGGAAGAUUGAUCGGUGUCCUCUACCGUAACGGAGCGCUUUACAUCGUUGCAAUGCUUUGUACCGAAAUCGACAUUCUCGUCCUGUCACAGAAGAUGAACGGCCCUCCCAGUACCUCAGAUCACGCUCAAACCGUCUACCUCAGCUUCGUGCAGACUGGUGCUAGUACUGACCAUUCCGACCCCCCGGUCGACAAAGUCGCCAGCGGGAUGAUCUUUUUAUAUGAUUGGUUCGAUACUAUAACCAGAGAGGUCUCAUCCGUGUGGACAGGCCGCUUGAAUAUUGGGGCAUUUUUGUACCUCGUUGCGCGAUACUCGCCAUUCAUCGAUCUUCCCAUUCUCAACUUCGUCAACGUUAUGGAUCCUUCAGAUGUUUCUAAAUGUCGUAAUCUUUUGGCGACAGGAAACCUAUCCGCAGUUGUUGGAGUGUCCGCUUCCGAGGGUAUCAUUAUAAUGGUCAUCUAUGCGCUGUUAGGGUCGAAACGGAUACACCUGAUCUUCUUUUCGAUCGCAUUUGUUGCGUGUAACGUGGCUGUAGCCGUCCUUAUCAGCUUAUACCUGCGCGCGAUCGAUGUGUCAGUCAAGAAGGGCCAAUUCAGCUGUGUCCUCCAGACGAACAACGAAGACAUGUACUUCGCCAUCGGGUACUUCAUUUUGGUUGGAGGAGAAAUUGUACUGGCCGCCAUGUCUAUUUGGAUUUCCAUCCAGCGACGGAAUGAGGAGCGAGGGAAGCUGCUUAGUGUCCUCUAUCGAGACGGCGGUUUCUACAUCGUUGCGAUGCUUUCCUGCUCGGUCGUCAAUGCAAUUAUUACCUACCUGAUGGACUCCAUAUAUCCCUUGAAUUUGCUGCAACGAGUUAUGCACUCAGUUUUAGCGAGCCGACUCUUCCUCAACAUGCGCGCCCAAGUUCGAUCCGGAUCGCAAAUCAUGGACACCGGUCGCAGCAUAACAAACCUGGAUUUCACUCCUGUUGCUCAAGGAACCAAUCAAACUCAUUUGACGACAUUCGGUGAAGAUUCCGGUAUCCCUUUAGAAAAUCUCCAAGCUCUAUCGCAUUCUCGCGCGCAAGGGGAGAAUUGA